CGGGCGGAGCUCGGACAUACUUAGUCCGCGGGACCUGGUGUGCGUGUGUGGUCGAGUGCACUAUGCCCAAGGCGAAGGCGGAGCGGCGGGCCCGGCAGCAGCGCCGGGAGGGCGGCGGCGCGGCCUCAGGCGUCGUGUUCAACACCGGGCUCGGACAGCACGUCCUGAAGAACCCGCUCGUGGUCAACAGCAUCGUGGACAAGGCUGCUUUAAGACCCACGGAUGUCGUCCUGGAAGUAGGUCCUGGAACUGGCAACUUGACAGUAAAAAUGUUAGAAAAAGUAAAAAAGGUCAUUGCUUGUGAACUUGACACACGACUCGUGGGUGAACUUCAUAAAAGAGUCCAGGGCACAUGUCUGGCAAACAAACUUGAAAUAAAAGCUGGAGAUGUUCUCAAAAGCGAUUUACCAUUCUUUGAUGCAUGUGUAGCCAACUUGCCAUAUCAGAUUUCUUCACCUUUCGUUUUCAAGCUGUUGCUGCAUAGACCUUUCUUUAGGUGUGCAAUACUUAUGUUUCAAAGAGAAUUUGCUCUCCGUUUGGUGGCAAAACCAGGGAGUAAACUAUACUGCAGACUCUCUAUUAACACACAACUGUUAGCCCGUGUGGAUCAUCUAAUGAAAGUUGGAAAGAACAAUUUCAGGCCUCCACCCAAAGUUGAAUCCAGUGUUGUCAGGAUAGAGCCAAAGAACCCUCCACCCCCUAUCAACUUUCAGGAAUGGGAUGGUCUAGUAAGGAUAGCCUUUGUAAGGAAAAACAAGACGCUCUCUGCAGCAUUUAAAUCAAGUGCCGUGGAGCAGCUGCUGGAUCAUAAUUACCGAAUUCACUGUUCUGUUCAUAACACUGAAAUACCAGAAAACUUUAAAAUAGCAGAGAAAAUACAGACGGUUCUAAAAAACACAGGCUACUCUGAAAAACGGGCUCGAUCAAUGGAUAUAGAUGACUUUAUUAGAUUGUUGCAUGGCUUCAAUUCAGAAGGUAUCCACUUUUCAUAGAUGACAGAACCUGGACCACUUUUACAUUCUCCAAGAGGAAUGGAAAUGAUUGUCUUGAGAUGAAUUCUUCCCAUGAAAAAAAUCCAGCAGUAUACAAAAUCCAUUGUGAAACUGCGUUGUAGCUAUUUGAAACAGGCUAGGAGCUCUUCUGUAUUUUAAAGUUUGUAACUUCGGUCAAGACAAACUGUUUAAAACUUGGGACUUAACUGUACUCCACAGUGUGGAUUUGCAACCAUCACGUCAAUCCAGCCUACUAGCUCUGAAUCCAGACUUCAUACUACCUUGCAUACCACGUGAUGUUCAUAAUGCAACUCAGGACUUGAUUUUGGCUAAUGGAGACUUAUUUGGAGGCUGAAAGAUGCUAUCGCCAUUCCUAAAACUUUUAAAAAAUAUAUGUUUACUUUUUUCUG